AUGGGCUCGGCCUCGCGGGAGGUGAGUGCAGGGUGGGCUCCGGGCUGCCCUGGUCACCACCCUCUCCUCAUCACCGAGAGCAGCCGGCAGCAGCACGGUCCGGUUCUGACACGGCCCGGUACCCACCGCGGGAGCGUCCUGGGCACCGCCCGGGAGAGCCCGGGGCUGGCUCCGGCAGGUCCCUGGGCAGCGGCGGCGUGUGGAGGAGCGGGGUUUGGCCGGGCCCUGGAGGGUGCCAGCUGUGGACCAGCUGUGUGUGACACUGGUGUGUGCCAGGCGCACUCGGUGUGUGCCAGGUGUGUGCCAGGCGUGUUCGCGGCCGGCCCCGCCGCCGGGACAGCCCCGGCCGCGCUCACCCCGCUCUCCUUGCAGGCCGUGGAUGACUUGCUGCGCUGCGGGAUUUGCUUCGACUACUUCAGCAUCGCCGUGAUCAUCCCGCAGUGCUCGCACAGCUAUUGUUCCCUUUGUAUCCGCAAGUCUUUGUCCUACAAAACACAGUGUCCAACGUGCUGUGUGGCAGUGGCAGAAUCUGACCUGAAAAACAACCGGAUUUUAGAUGAUCUAGUGAAGAGCUUUAAUUCUGCAAGGCAGCAGCUGUUGCAGUUGGUGUUGGAAGCUCCCCCAGUUCCAUCCCCCCCGGCCCACAGCCAGCGUCCAGCUGAGAGCCACUGCAGCCCUGUGUCCCAGCCAGAGUCUAAAGAGGUGCCAGGGACUGACAGCUCCUUAAGAAAGGACAAAGUCUGCCCCUCCACGAGGGCAGGUGGCCUGGCAUGGACUGGUCAGAAGAGUUUCAAAACCGAGGAACGCCGUGACCUACACAGCACUUCUGCAGAGGCUGGUGGUCAAGACAGCCAAGGGAGAUCACAGGAGAUUCCUGGGAGCACCCAAAGUCAUGAAAAACCUUCCACAUCUGUGCUCAAAGGAGACAGGAAAGUGGAAUGUCCUGUUUGUGAGGUUGCUAUUCUAGAGCAAUACAUAAACAAACAUCUGGAUAGCUGCUUGACCAGAGAGGAGAAGAAGGACAGCCUGCGAAGUUCUGAUCACAAAAGGAAGCUGAUGUCCAAAGUUGUUUACAACCUGCUGUCGGAUCGAGAUCUGAGGAAGAAGCUCAAGGAGCAUGGUCUGUCUACCUCUGGGACCCGCCAGCAGCUCAUUAAGAGACACCAGGAGUUCGUGCACAUGUACAACGCUCAGUGUGAUUCCCUGAACCCCAAGUCAGUUGCAGAGGUUGUUAAAGAGCUGGAAAAGAACGAGAAGAUUCGGGUUCAGCUGGAGUGUAACAAACCUGGUGAAAAUAGCUUGACCUUCACAAAGGACCAGACAGAGGAAGAAAUAGAUGAGAUCCACGCUGAAUAUCGAAACAAACACAGAAGUGAAUUCAAGCUCUUGGUGGAUCAAGUAAAUAAACGGUGGAAGAAAAUGGGUGAGAGGAAAGCAGGAAGUGCUCAAAACAAAGAGGAAGUUGCUGUCAAAGGGCUGCCAGCAGCCUCAGAACCUGGGGAAGAGGCUCCCACAGCUGUUGUCCCUGGAGAGGCCCAAGCACUCCAGUCCGAAAUUCCUGGUGGCCAAAGCAGUGAAUCUCCUAGCCUGAGGGGAUGGCAGAGGUCAGCCUCUCCCGAGUUGUCCCUGUCGUCUGGCUCAACGUGCAGCACCAGUUCAGACAUUCUGACAGAUAUGGAAGGGUCUGAGGUGUGUUCAGCGUCCUCUGACAGCAGCAGCUCCGUGGCUCUGACAGGGAACAAGAGGAAGCUGCGGCGCAUCCCCGGGGACAGCGGGACCAUGCGCCAGGGCAAGAGGAAGAGGAGCUAGUGCUGCAGGAAUGCCCAGCCUGGGAAACACCUCCUGGCUUCUGCCCGUUCUCUGAGUCCCUGGGCACUGAGUAAAAUGCUGCAUUUUCACGUCACUGCCAUUCCAGCUGCCUUACUGCCCAGGCUGGUGGGUUUGCCCAGAGCCCUGUGGGCUGUAGAUGGUUGAGGUUGGGCACAGAGUGCCAGAGCCCUGCAGGAGCCUGGCCUGGCUCCUGUGCCCGAGUUCCCUCACUGGUGCAGCACCUGGGCUGUGUGCUGCCACUGUUCUGCUGGCAUCCUGUGCCAGCCUCAUCUGCCCUCCUGGAGGUGUUUUGUUUGGGCGUGGGCAGGGACUGGUGGGGAGGGAGGGACCACGGGAUGCUGGGAGACUCUGCCCUACACUAACAGGCUUUUUUAUAUAUGUCUGUGUAAACUUACUCAGUAUUAUGUGUCAUUAUUUCAGUUUGAAGUCCUGAAACUGGAAGGAAGUCGGAAGGUUGUUGGACAUGAAGUAUUUU